AUGAAGAGAAAAUUAAACAAUAAUUCCUCCUCACUGAGUAGUCUUUCGGAAGGCUAUAGAAGUGAUGAUGAAAGUAGUCAGAAUGCAAUUGAUGAGGAAAAGCCAUCAAAAAAGUUAGCAACCUCAUCUUCACCAACAACUAAUGACAAUCAUCACACAGAUGGUGAAGAAAAGGAUUUAACCAACAAGACAGUUAUUAUAGAAAAAAGUAAUGAUAAUGAUUUUACAUCAAUACCUUCGGAAGAAUUUGAUAUUGAACAAAUUACAGGUUUUUCUGCAUGUUCAACAGUGGAAAAUUACGAGUUUUUAAAUAAUAUUGGAAGUGGAACAUUUGGUGUUGUGAGUCGAGGAAAAUGUAAAGAAACAGGAGAGAUUGUAGCUUUAAAGAGAAUUAAAUUAAUGAAGGAAUUUACUAGUAAGGAGGGAUUUCCAUUGACAGCACUUCGUGAAAUGAAUACACUUCUCCAGAUGAGACAUGAAAAUUUAGUUUGUGCUAGAGAGGUUGUAUGUGGAUCUGAUUUAAACAAAGUCUUUAUUGUUAUGGAUUAUAUGGAUCAUACUUUGAAGGAUGUUCUUGAUAGAUAUAGCUUUAGUAUGAGUGAAUGUAAAAGAUUAAUGAUACAAUUAUUAUUAGGAUUGCAAUAUAUGCAUGAGGAUUGUUGGUUAAUUCAUCGUGACUUGAAGACUUCUAAUAUUUUGAUGGAUAAUAAGGGAUCUUUAAAGAUUUGUGACUAUGGUCUUACGAGAAAAUAUGGUUCUCCAAUUAGAGAUAAUUAUACUCCAGUUGUGGUGACACUUUGGUAUAGAGCACCUGAACUCUUAUUGGGAGCUAAGAAAUAUUCGACACCAAUUGAUAUGUGGAGUGUUGGAUGUAUAUUUUAUGAAAUAAUUACUGGUGAAUAUUUAUUUACAUCUGACAGUGAAAUUGGUCAAAUGAAGAAAAUAUUUGAAGUUUUAGGAAAGCCAACAGAAUCAGAAUAUCCUGGAUUUUCACAACUUCCAGCAAUUAAGAAAUUUAAAUGGGAUAUUAGUAAUGUGAAAGGAAGAGCUCAAUUAAUUAGACUUUUAAAAACUCAAUAUCAACUCUCUGAUCAAGGAUGUGAUCUUUUCAAUAGAUUAUUAUGUUUUGAUCCAGAAUCUAGAAUUACAGCAAGGGAAGCACUUGCCCAUCCAUUCUUCAAAGAAGCACCUCUUCCACAAACUAAGGAAAAUAUGCCGACAUUCCCAUCUGUACAAACAAUUGACAGCUCAAAGAGAAAAUCAACAAGAGAAUCUGGAAGAGAUGAAGAACAAGUAGUUCAACACUCGAGAGCUAAUGAAUUGGAGAAGGAAUUUAAUAGAUUCAUGACGGAAUAA